AUGCCUAUCCCUUUCAUCGCUGGUCCCACUGCCACUCGCACUUUUGAAGUUAUCACCGGACUCUUGCCAACGAUGUGUCCUGCUUCCACCAACACCUCUGCCUCUGUGGAUGAGCUCAUUGCGGUGCUGAAUGCAGUUCAAGGGCACAUGUUUACGACUGCUGUGGUACCAACUACGACUGAGGGCCCUGCUGAGGAUCAGAUGCCUGCGCCACUAUCUCCAGCAGCCCCUUCACAAGCCCCAGUGGUUGUCGAGCGUUCUUCCUCAGAUAACAACUUGGACAUUCAAAUUAUUGAGCCUCCUGUCAUACAUCAAGAGAAAGUGCUUGUUGGCCUGCCAGGAAAACAUCAUAAAGUCAUCGACAAACCUGCAUCUGAUGAUGAAUCCAUCAACCUCCCUGACCAGUACCACAAACGAUCCCAGUCCGUCAUCCUUGUGAACCCUCCACUGCAUCAGGAUAAGGGGAAGGGUCGGGCUCAACCAACCCCUAUGCCGACUCCUAACCAUCGCAUAUCACUUCGUCUGGCUCAAGCAGCUGGUAUGGUUUUGAAGGGACUGGUGGUUACUGAACCACCUGUUGUCCAACCUAAAUGCUAUGGUCGUCCACCAAAGCCUGAGCCUAUAAUUCUUAAAGACAAGUUGGUCUUUGACAAGAAAAGGUUUAGGCACAUCACCAAGCGAUUUCAUCUCAAAGAGUUUCCCUCAUUGAAGAAAGCAGAUGACCCUGUCCCCAUGAUGCCAGAGCCAUGUCUCCAAUGCUCUGUGUGCAAGGCCUCUGCCAUUGAAAACUGUUCAUUCCGUGGCUGGGGGGUUCCCUGUGGACCAUGCAAUAUGUCACAUGUGUCUUCUUGUGAAUACUACCUCACCGAUGCUUUGCAAGGUGCGGCCAGGGAUACUAUUCAGAAGAGAGUCGCCAUCCAUGCACCCUCUGCCCUUGCCGACCUUCUGGAUCAGAUCAAGCAAGACGCCCUUCACCUUCGUACACUUUCCGCUAUGGUCGAGUCCAUCCGCCAUUGUCAUGAUCUCAACCUUCGAGAAUUUGCCAACUCCCUUUAUGAUUUGUUUUUCACAAGUGAGAUCCUCAGUCUCUUUGGGACUCUCUUUUUGGGUUGGGACGAGGCUAACAAAUGGCUUUGCUUUGCUGACCCGUACAUUGGGAAUGGUCAAGUUCUGGCCCCAGACGGUUCCAGUCGCAUGGACUUGGAUGAUCUCAUCAUGCUUUACGAUCGUGCCAAGGCUUUGCCAGUAGCAGGUCCUUCGUCAGGUGUCCAUCAACGUGCUCGCCCAUCUAUUGUGUCACAUGACUCCUUUUUAUACUUAUCAUAUGAUCUGGUCAUGUGA